AUGUUUCUAAUCAAAACGAAAUCCAAAAAUAAAUUUGGAUCUUACAAAUAUUUGAUGUUUUGUUUUGCAUUAUUUUCAAUAUGGUAUGCAUUCAUUGAUUUUAUAACUCAACCCGCAAUGCAUUCUUAUAAAAAUAGUUAUAUUGUUUUAUGUGCAAGUUGGUUCAGAUAUGAUAAAUUUUUAGGACCCAUAAUAAUAUGUAAACUGUUUUCUGUAACUUCUCAAUAAAUACUUAAUUUCCAGCUACCUACUGUACCUCAUACGGUCUCACACUUGUUCUUCUAGCAAUUCAUUUUGUCUAUCGAUAUUUUGCUAUCAAAAGUUUCAAAAUUGUUAAACACUUUCAGUUUCCCUAUUUACUUAUUUGGCCAUCAAUAUUUUUAAUAAUAGCCGUGAUUUGGUGGUUAGAUGUGUAUUUCUUUCUUUCGAGUAAUGUAUUGAUUGAUGAAUAUAUGCGAAAAACAAUCAAACUUCACUAUGAAGACGAUAUUGAAAAGUUGUCAUAUAUUGGACCUCUUUAUUUUACCUAUGAUACAAAUGGUAAAAAACUUAUUCAAUGGAAAAGUUGUCUUGGAAUGCUAUGUGUAGCCAUAAUAUCAAUUGUUACACUAACAAUUAUCAUUGUUCUAGGAACAGUGAUUCGGAACACUAAGAAAAAUCUGAAUAACUCCACAGCAUCGCUAAAAGUUCGGAAACAACUUGACAAAGCUUUGAGACUACAAACAAUUGUUCCCAUUUGUUUUAUGUACAGCCCUACAACAAUAUUAUUCAUUGCACCAAUUUUUGGUGUUGAAUUGGGAAGUAUGGCUAAUAUAACAUCAAUAUGUUUAGCAUUGUAUCCAGUUAUUGAUCCAUUAGUUGUCAUGUUCAUAAUUCAAGAUUAUCGAGAAUAUAUAAUUAGUGAGUUUUGGAAUGAAUCAUCGAUUCAAUCAAUUAAUUGUAGAUAAACUACAAUCAAAAAGGAAUUCACCAAUUAUUUGCACUGGAAUCAAUGCUUUUCCGAUUUGA